AUGUCAGUGUACGAGCUGUUAUACUCUGAACUGUACAGGAGUGACUGUUUUGAUGAGGACACCCGAUUGCGAAGAUGUACGGAAGAGUUCAAGAGGAAGCUGGAGGAGCUGAACGAAGCUGUAAACACCCAAGAUACAAGGGGCCACCUGGUGGCAGCUGUGGAGAACUGUAUUGCAGGCAUGCGCUACUUCCGGGUACAAGGCGACGGGCCCAGGAUACCUGAAGUGACGGCAAAAGAUCCACUCGUUCCUAGAUACUUCACUGACGCUGACGAGUCGCUAAGUGAAGAUGUCAUGUACUCUAGCAACGCUUGCUACGUGAUGGCGCACAACGGCUGGGUCAUGAACGCUGAUCCUCUCGCUAACUUCGCUAGUCCCGUCGAGUCCAACAUUUAUCUGCGGCGUGAGCUGAUCGCUUGGGGUGACAGUGUGAAGCUUAGAUAUGGAGAGAAGCCAGAAGACUGCCCAUUCCUGUGGCAACACAUGCAAGCCUAUGUGGAUCAAAUGGCUCAGACGUUCGAUGGAAUCCGCUUGGACAACUGUCACUCCACACCUCUCGUUGUUGCCGAGUAUUUGCUAGACUCAGCCCGGAGAGUAAGACCAAACUUGUUCGUGGCCGCCGAGUUGUUCACCAACUCUGAUCAAACCGACAAUAUUUUUGUCAACCGACUUGGCAUAACGUCUCUCAUCAGAGAGGCAAUGUCUGCCUGGGACUCUCACGAACUGGGAAGGCUAGUGUAUCGUUACGGUGGGGUGCCAGUGGGGGCCUUCCUGCCCCGCCCUGACCGACCCUUGGCUGGAGGCGUGGCCCACGCAUUGUUCCUGGACCUGACCCAUGACAAUCCCUGCCCGCUGGACAAGCGCAGUGUGUUUGACAGCUUGCCAAGUGCUGCACUGGUCGCCAUGGCCUGCUGCGCUUCCGGUAGCAACAUGGGCUACGAUAUGCUUGUCCCACACCAUAUCCAUGUGGUGGAUGAGUCUAGAGAGUACUUGCCAUGGGCAGACGACGCAGUAAACAUCAACACAGGCAUCAUCGCUGGAAAGAGAGCCCUCAACAACCUACACUACCAGCUGGGAAAGAAUGGAUUUGAUCAGGUAUUUGUUGACCAAGUAACAGAGGACGUGGUGUGUGUGACUCGACACUCUGCCACCUCCAGAGAGACUGUGGUGUUGGUGGCCUUCACAGCGUUCCAACACCCCCACCCUGACAAGAAUGUGGUGGGUCGUGGUGUCACCGUCUCUGGCAACGUGGAUUACAUCAUACUGGAGGCCUCUCUCGCACACAGUUCGGCAGAGAAAUUCAGCAGGCCAACUCAGUUUGAAAAGGAUCCCAAGAAAAUCAACGGUUUGACAGAAUACGAGCUGAGCUUACGGGAGAACUUCAAGCCGUCUGAGACAACCAUGUUGGAGAUCAUCCCCAGUGGUGACGGUGGGACGCGGCUAAACUUCACAAACAAGUUCAAGCCUGGAUGUGUCGUUGCCGUCAAGUAUACUGAGUACCACAGGUGCGCCCCGGCACUGCAGAAACUGAGUCUGGUGCCAGACAUGCAGCACGUCGUGGCAAGCCUGUCCCUGGCCGACUGUAAUCGAGUCCUGUUCAAGUGUGACAAAGAGGAUGCUGCCUACGACAUUCCUGGCUUCGGGCCCCUCGUUUACUGUGGUCUGCAAGGCAUAGUGUCGCUGCUGUCAGAGAUAUCACCGAAGAAUGACCUUGGCCACCCUCUGUGUGGUAACCUGCGCGGGGGGAUGUGGCUGUGCGACUAUACAGUGGGGCGACUACAGCUAGACCCAGGUACGCGACAGCUGGGUGACUGGCUGCAAGUGAGACUCGCGCCUCUCGCAGACGUUCCCCACUUCCUGCGGCCCUCGUAUUUCGACCUGGUCAUCACGCAAGUGUACGACGCUGUUGUUGAUCACACCUACCACCUCAUGAACAGAUUUGUCAGUGACGGUUCAUCGUUUGUGAAGGCACUGUCACUGGGCAGUGUGCAGUGUGGGGGGGUGCAAGCAGAUGCCCCCCUGCCUCCUCUCUCAGCAGCCCUGGCUCCCCCCCUGCCCCCCACACGUACACUACCUGGGGGAGAGACUAAACAGGCCUGCGUCACUCUGUCUGCUGGGUUGCCUCACUUUUCCAACGGCUACAUGCGGAACUGGGGAAGAGACACGUUCAUUCACGCUCUUCCUGGUCUUUUUCUGCUUCCUGGGAGAUAUGAUGAGGCCAGAUUCAUCAUCCUGGCUUAUGCCGGUUGUCUCCGGCAUGGCCUCAUCCCAAAUUUGCUGGACGGUGGGGUCAACGCACGCUUUAACUGCCGAGAUGCUGUUUGGUGGUGGCUGUACAGCAUACAGUGCUAUGUGCACAGUGCUCCUGGUGGCACGAACAUCCUGCGUGACACAGUCAACAGGAUCUAUCCACGUGAUGAUUCUGAGCCCACCUUUGUUGACCAACCACUUUAUGAUGUGAUACAAGAAGCGAUGCAAGUUCACUUCCAAGGGCUUUGCUUCCGAGAGCGAAAUGCCGGUACGAAGAUUGACGCUCACAUGACCAACCAGGGCUUCAACGUACAGAUCGGAGUUCAUCCCAAGACAGGGUUUGUGUUUGGCGGUAACGAGUGGAACUGCGGCACCUGGAUGGAUAAGAUGGGUUCAAGUGAUGCAGCUGGGACGCGAGGCAAGCCGGCUACACCUCGUGAUGGUUCGGCUGUGGAGUUGGUCGGACUGUGCAAGGCAGCGGUACGCUUCUUGGCCCGCAUGUACCGGGAGGGACACUUCCCCCACAGCGGUGUCACCAGAACCAACAAGGAUGGGAGCCAGACUUCAUGGAGGUACGAGGAAUGGGACGCUAGGAUCGCCAACAACUUUGAGUCACAGUUUUGGGUCCCCUCGGCUCCGACGGCAAGCGAGGAGAGACCCGAUCUGGUAAACCGGCGCGGCAUCUACAAGGACUCAGUGGGAGCCACCCAGCCCUGGACGGAUUACCAGCUGCGACCCAACUUCACCGUCGCCAUGGUCGUGGCGCCAGAGCUGUUUCUGACGAGCAACGCCUGGCAGGCACUGAAGGUGGCCGAGGAACACCUGCUGGGACCCCUGGGGAUGAAGACAUUGGACCCUAGCGACUGGGCAUACUGUGGGGACUACAACAACGACAACCAGUCCUCUGAUCCUAAGGUCGCUCAUGGAUUCAACUAUCACCAAGGACCGGAGUGGGUCUGGCCAAUAGGGUUCUUCUUGCGAGCACGCCUUCACUUCGCUGAGCUGCAGGGAGGUGCAGGGUGUCUGGCACGUACUAUUGCGCACACACAUGCCAUUCUUGCACGUCACUACAGCUACCUACAAAACUCCCCUUGGCGUGGACUACCAGAGUUGACUAACAGCAAUGGUACAUUCUGCGCAGGCAGUUGUGCCACACAGGCAUGGAGCAUGGGCUGUGUACUAGAGGUUUUGGAGAAACUACAAUCGCUGGAACGUUCACUUGGUGAUCACGGAAAUUGACCGAGGCCAAGACCACGAGCCAGGGUAAGCUGGGGGCCGCGCGGACACGUCGCUCAGUCCGGUGCGCAAGGACACACCACUCAGUCCUGUGCACGUGUCUACUGGGCACCCCACUUCGAUAGUCUGGAAGAGUUCCCUGUCGAGGUAGACCUGCGCCCGCUCAAACCCAAAGACCGUUUGCGCCGUGCAAUCCGCCUCUUUCUUGCCUUCUGGCUAGUGAGUUUUCUGUUCAUGACAGCCGCUUAUUAUGCGCUCUUCUUCUCGUAGCGUUAUCGUUGUUUAGACAAUUUAAUAAUUGAAACAGUAUAUAAUUAACAACUGAAAUAAUAUGUAAAUCUAAAAAUCUAUUUUUAAUAUUGUUAUAAUUGUUGCUUAAAAAAUUAAGCUUAAAAUAUUUAUUUUAUAAAUUUGUUUAAAUUAUAUUUUUGUAGGUAUAUAUUUUUAUAUUAAGUGUUGUAGAAGUCCAGACAAAUAUUUAGUACAAAGUAAUGUUUGAAAAUCUCUCCAAUAUUUAAAUGUAUAAUUUCCUAACGAUAAUAUGGUAUAUAAAAAUAUGAAUGCACAAUCAGGCAAUAAUUUUAACUAUCUUCAUAUUCUUAAAUUUUUGCAAAUUUAAUCUCUCCGGUAGAAGAUUAGUUCUAUGUUUAUUUUUAAGUAUUCUUAAGUUAGGUUAGGUCUUUAUUUUAGUGCCAACAUAUAGGAGAAAUAAUUAAGUCUUUAAUACUACUUAAUUUUACAUGUCAUAUAUUGUUAAAAGUAUUUAAAUAUGAAUUUAAACGUGGUUAUUUAAUUAUAUUUAACCGAAUGUCAAUACUGGCUGUUUUUUAGUGUUUUUAGUUUAUAAAAUGUUGUUGAUUUAUCUGUUAUUGUUUUGGUUUCUUUAUGUUGAAUUUUAGAAUCUGUUUAUUGAUAUUGGUUAGGAUAGCAAAUGUUGAAAGGAUCUCCUACAAAAAUGAUUAUGUUUUUUUAAUUAUUGUUGUCAUUGAACAUUAUAAUGUAAAAUGUAUAUUUUUAUAUCAGUGUUUUAUUGAAAUAUUUGAACUCAGUUAAAUUAAUUGAUUUAACUUAAUUGUGUAUUUCUACUUAUGAAUGUUUUUUUUAUUUUGAAGGGCUUGUUGCGUAGUAAUUCUGUAACAGUUAAUUUUUGUUCAACCUAUGUUAAUUUAAGCCAGAUUGUAAUAAUAUAAAUAUUCUUAUUAUAAAUUAUAUAAUAACAUAAAUAAUAAUACAAGAAACAUUUUUAAA